AUGCUGUGGAAACGCGUUGCCGCUGUCUUGCUGCUGGCCAUAGGGCGAGAGUCGUUUGCCCAAAGAACCGGUAACGAAUCAAUUUGCGACUAUUACGCAACGCAGCGGUAUGGCGCGAACAACGUUACCACGCAGCUGCUCCUCAUCCAGAGCAUCGUCACGCUUGCCUAUGCUGGAAGCUCUGGUCUUCCAAACCCAAUCGACGACAAUACCGGCAUCUUCAACAAUGGAAAUUUUGAAGGGAUUCAUGUAUACCUCCGGCCUUGGUUUGACGGCUCAAAGGCGACGACGAACUUGAACAAUCAGCCUGUUGGCAUCGACUGGCUAGACGGAGGAGCUACGGGACCAUUGAUGUCUUUCUUGAAUGGCUCUUCGAAUUCCGUCAAUAUAGAUACAUCGACGAAUCAAUACCGCCUCUUCACUCACUGGUUUACGGCCUUUGGCUUUGUCUAUGGUUGCAGUCUUGCGCCAAAGUUUCCUCGCACGGCCGACAGCGGCGGUCCUCUUUCCAUGGCCUAUGUCCACAAGUUCAUGGACCUGAACCAAACACACAUCGGAUACUUCAUCGAGCAGCUCACGUUGUCGAGCAAGUACUUUGGCUUCUCAGACGAGGACGCGCAGACACUCGACACGUUUAUGAAUGCCAGAUACAAUGUGCGAUGCGCGCCUGCUAUCAAUGGCCAGCUCUACUCCAUAUGCUUCGCAGACGAGUGCCCGCUUGCGCAGCCCAAGCCCGACUGCGAUGCAUAUAAGGAUAUUGGGCCGAGUGGAGCGAGUAAUGUUUCAGUGGUAACAACUACGGUAAACCCAGCAUCACCAACGACUUCUGCGACGACGACUUCAGCGCCCCCAAGCUCUACGACUACGGCAGCGCCAGCGGGAGAUUCAAGCCCCAACCCGGAUUCCAAGUCCAGCUCGACCGCCCUGUCUGGCGGAGCGAUAGCAGGAAUUGCCAUCGGCGGUGCAGCAGUUUUGCUUCUUGCUGUUGGCCUGUUGCUAUACUAUCGCCGUCAUUCAUCAAAGCCGCAAAUCGUGCCCGUCCCUGUACCUUCAGAUGGGUAUGGCUCUCCUGCUCACCCCCCUCACGCGUAUUACGCACACGCGAGUAUGGCCUCCUCGUCGAACCCACAUGAGACGUACGUGGGAGGACAUGAGGCGCACAUGGGAGGACAUGCUAACAUGUCUGGGUUCUGGGCACCACCGAAACCACAUGAGAUGGGCCAAACUGGCCAUGAUGAGCCCGUGGUGCCGAGGCCAGCGACAAUGUCGCCACAGCUGGCCGAGAUGGAGAGCCCGUGA